AUGAUGGUUAAAAAAAUUCUUAUUACUGGUGCAUCCGGUUUCAUUGGUGGUAUACUAGUUGAACAUCUAUCAAAGAAUUCCAACUAUGAUGUCUAUGGUAUCGAUAAACAUAUUGGAUUAUCAUCACGUUAUCAAUUAGAAAAUACAUCAAUAUCCGAAGGACAGCAACCAAUAUUACCACCAAAAGAAAAAUUCUAUGUUUGUGAUAUUACCGAUAGAAAUCAACUUUUACAUAUUAUUCAAGAUAAUCAAAUCAAUAUUAUUAUUCAUUUAGCAGCAGUUUUAGACGCGGAAACGGUUGAAAAAAUUAAUUACAUUAAUUGUGAUGGUACUAAAAUUCUAUUUGAUAUAGCAACACAACAAGAUCAUGUUGAAAUGAUCAUUUAUGCCAGUUCAGGCUUGACCGUUGCUGGUUAUUUUGAAAAUGAACCUUAUUCAUCAUUAAUAAAAAAUAUUAUACAAAAGGAACCAUUUAAAAAAUUAACAAUAAAUGAUCCUCCGAUACCAUCGCACGUAAAUCCAUCUAGGGAAGCAUAUUGUAAUAGUAAAAUAUAUGGGGAACAAUUAGCUAGACAAUACUCAUCAAGUGAUGGAAUAAAUAUUAAAUUUGUUUGUGCAAGAUUUGGUUGGAUAAAUACAGCUGAUACUAUUAAAAUGGAUAGUUUCAAUUCUGAUUGGUGUAGUCAUCGUGAUUUAUGUCAAUUUAUUGAUCGAGUAUUAGAAAAUCAAUUGAAACUAAAAAGGUUUCAAAUUUAUUUCGUUACUUCAAAUACUGAUUUUUGUUGGUUGGAUACGGGGAAUUGUCGAGAAGAUUUAAAUUAUGUGCCACAAGAUGGAGCUCGAUGGAAUCAGCUACUAACGAAAAUGUGA